AUGCAGGACGAUGAAAGUGAAGGAGCUAAAUUGCGUUCGGCUUCCAGCAGCCAGUGGGAGCCAGCCUCACUGGUACCGGAAACCGACAGUGAAGGGGUAACCUCUUCUCUUUUCCUUGAACUGGAGCAGCCCUCCCCACCACCACCACGUAAAACCUCGCGGCAAUACCUGAAGCGUAUCAUUGCCGAGUAUGAAGCCCUGGACAUGGAGAUGCCAUGUAUCCGCAAGUUCCUUAGGCCACCGGCUGCCCGGCCCCUUUGCCUCUGUCUCGAAAGCCCGCCUGAAAAAGAGAUGAACCACGCGGAAGUCCUGGCCGCAGUGGAGGGGGCCAUUCCCAACGCCUUUGAGACGGGCCUCCUACGCAACAUCCAGUUUGAGAACAUCAACGUGAUCUGUGGGACUGCUGGACGGAAGAACAGGUGGCUGAUCACCGUGUCGGAUUUCCGGACCCGGAACCAGCUCUUGUGUUCAGGGUUGACCUUGGGCCAAACCCACUUUGUCUUGAAACGUUGGGAUGACCUGGUGAUGGAGGACUACCGCAUGCACCUCCGGAGGGCGCUGGCCCGUCAGCGCCUGCUGGACACGUUCAGCGACUCCUGGGAUGCCAGCCACUUGGACGGGAUUUGA